CUAAUACCCCAUCACGAAGAACUUUCGUUUCCUGCAGGUACAGUGUACUAACACACACGUGCACAAUGCACAGACACACGCGCAGCCCUCACUUGCUCACAGCAUCAUCUCGAGCAGCGUAGAGCAGUGUUGCUUUUUCUUCCUUCGGAAAGCUUCUAACCAAAUUUCUGCCCCUCGAAUCUGUACGCCAAUAGUAGAAUCUAUAGCAAUAGAAGCGCUUUAAUUCCACGCUGGAACUGUGCUGUGGUGUGUGGUGAGAAAAACGUGUCAAAUACCUGUAUUCCACUGGUUGCCCUCCUCUUUGGUUUGGCCCCAGUGAUGCAGGUGCAGGCGAACGAGGACACAAAGAAAGGACACUGGGAAGGCAGUGGACCUCUUGGUGGGGGUAAGCAGUAGUGUGCACAGCUCAGCAAGUUUUUCGCGUGUGUAUCUUGUCCGCCUUUUUCCCUGUUGUUUUUUUUUUCCCGCGUGGCGAUAGCGCGUCCCUUUCUUCGUCUUUUCAUCGCAGCGCCCUGAAGCAAGAGUGCGCCAUCAUACUUUCUGCCUUCAUGGCCUCCUAGAGUAACCUAGGUGGCAUAGAAACACACACACACACAAACACACAAUCACACAACAUGUUACACUUGCUCGGACCGCAGUGGCUGUGACGGAAGGUGCAGGGAGCAGUGUGGGUGGUGACCAUUUACAUUCGUGUCGUGCCAAAAAAUCGGUGCUUCUGUGAAAAAACAACGGUAAACCGCAGCAGUACAGUGUGUCGAUAAAUGUGUGCGUGUGUGUUUGUGUGAUUAGGUGAAACGAAGCAAAAAGUAAACCGGAAAACAUCACGGGUCCAAGCAACCAAAGCAAAGCGAAACUCUUUCCUCGCUGGUGUUGCCUGCCUGCGGGGCCAACUGUAGAGAAAAUGCGUAAUUUGCUCUGCACGAUGCUGUGCUAAACCAUCCUAGCUUUAGCAUAUUUUUCCACCCUUCGCCGAUGAUGCACCAUCGAAACCAUCGCCGGGAGCUGCUAGUGUUGGAAAAGUAGGCGAUGUGAACGGCGUUCGACAGCACCGACCACGGGCAGCAGCACCGACUGACAUUGGAAAAAGCAAAAGUGACGAGAAAGGUCCGAGAAGCCUCCGCCAAAAGGGAAAAGGACACGAACUGACACACUUGGGAAAGAGUCGAACAAAAUAGUAUGCUGCUAUGAAGCUGCCGGCCAAUGGAGUAGCGGCAAUCUACCUUUUGCUGCACUGCGUGUCAGGAUCGGUGCUGAAAUCUUCCGCCCUCCAGUCGAGCAGUCCGUUUAUGAGUUUGCCGCGCAACUUUUGGCAGGAAAUCUCCGUACCGUACACCGAUCUGCCGAGCGAUGACGACGAGCAGGAGGACGAGUCGGCCGAAAGUACCACGCACGAUCCGUACCCGUUCUUCGACGAUGCCAACAUGACCGCGAACGUCACCACCCAGCUCGGGGCGGACGUGUAUCUGCACUGCCGGGUGAACGAUUUGCGCGAGCGAACGGUCAGCUGGGUGCGGCGGAAGGGUGACGAGAUACAUCUGAUCACCGUCGGCCGGCAGACGUACAGUAGCGACUCGCGCUACUCGCUCCAGUACCAACCACCGAACGAUUGGCAGCUGCUGAUACAGUACUCGAACGAGCGGGACGAGGGCCACUACGAGUGCCAGAUCUCGUCCUAUCCGCCGCUCGUCUACCUGGUGUACUUGCUCGUAGUCGUGCCACGGGUGGAGAUCAUAGACGAGCGGGGCCAGGCCACGCUGGACAAGUUCUACAAACCGGGCAGCACGAUCGAGCUGAAGUGCAUCAUCAGCCGGGUGCCGCAACCGACGAGCUACGUCACGUGGAAGCACGGCAUGCGAAUGCUCAACUACGACACCAGCCGAGGUGGCAUCAGCGUCAAGACCGACCUGCUACCCGGUGGUGCGAUGAGCCGGCUCUACAUUGCCAACGCCAAUCGGCACGAUACGGGCAACUACACAUGUGCGCUGGCCGACAUUGCUCAGGCCACGGUAUCGGUACACGUGCUCAACGGUGAAAAUCCUGCCGCAAUGCAGCAUGGCAGCGGUCCCCAGUGGCAACCGUUGGCCGGUCUCAUCAUGUUCGUCCAGCUGCUGUUGCUCUGCCUCAACACUGUCCGGUGACUGUCGACUUCGGAAGCAUAAAACUCCCACCCCCUGUGUCUCUUUUUUCCACAUUUUCGUUAAAGCUUACCCCUGUUUCCGUCACAUCCAACCGAAUGUUUCUCCGCUUUGCCAACGGAGACGAUCCAGAGCGGAGAUGGAAUUAUCCCCAACCGAGCAAAACGGCAACUAAAGCCGCUGCCGCCGCGCUACUAAACCCAUGUAAAAUCCCCCCUCUCCACUCCACCCCCCCCCCCCCCUGACCCCUAACAUAUCAAUGCACACGAAUGCAGUUGCAGCGAUUGCAUUCGCUUCAUUCUACCCGGUCCCAGCAGCUGACGGGGAAACACCCUUUUCCACCUUCUUCGUACAUUCUGCCUGUUCAGGACUUGUUUACUUGCACACGCUCUAUGCACAUACUAUGCUCGUACUUCGGCAACAGUAGAUUAGCAAUUCAAUGCGACAGUUGUUACACACUGUCGGUCCAUGGUUGUACUAGCUGAUAAGCAGGUUUGAUAAGUUUUGAUACGCAGUGCAUGGGUAUGGGUAGCAGCACACGUGCUAUUCCCAGCUGCACAGGCAUCACACCCAGCUGGUGGGUGUAGUUUGUGGUUGUAGAUACAUAAGAAGGGAAAGUCAGAAGGAGAACGAAAGGGAAACCAUUCAUUCAUACAUAACUAUAAUAUAUUUAUAUUCGUCACAAAGUUGUCGGCAUCGACGAAGCGGCCAAAGAAAGAGGGACCGUUUGUACCCACAAAAACCAAUGCACGUGCUCAACAACAAACAGCAUUUGUUAGAAAAGGUUGUGAUUAAAUGGAUGUGAAACAUCCACCGGGUGGCGGGUGUGUGAAAAUGAGGAUCAAAAACAAACCACGCAACACAAUUGCGAUCAGGAAGCGCGCGAAUGAGAAGGGGCAAUGUUAGAAGACACACACGCCCCAAAAAAGGAAGAAGUAAAGCGGAAAGCAUACAAAACAUCACAAUGAUGCAAACUUUCUAACCACACAGCAGCAAUAUAUUUGUACACACGCAAAACUAUUUUUCCCCACUCGUUAACUAACCAUUUGCGCAACUGGGCAAUUGCCCCGUUGCGCAAAGCUAAUCGUACCACAUGUUUAGCGUAAUAAUAAUAAUAAUAAUAAUAUCAGUCUUCGGUUGUGAUUAGACUUAAUGCGUGCGAAGCAUAGAUAAAGCAUCCCUCUCCCCCACUCCUCACCUUCCCAUUCCCCUUUUACCCACAAAAAUUCAUACAAAUUAUUGAUGUAAAAUGCCGAUUUAUAAAUGUUCAUCUACGUAUAUAUUAGCGGGUAACGUGAGGGUGGGGGGAGGAUUAGGAGGUGAGGAUAGGCUGCAGAAGGACAACGUUUAGGUAGGGAAAGAUAAGUCGGUGUGUCUUCUUUCUGUGUUUGUGUGUGUGUGUGUGUGUGUGUGAAAACCCAAUGCCUGGAGUCCUGUCGCUCGUGUAGUGCACGUGAUGGUUUCUUUGAGUCUUUAAACAAAAACAAACAAAAAAAAAAACACUUUCUAUCCCAUCGGUACUCCACACUUCCCACCCUUCCCUCUUUUCUCCUAUAUUUUGCUAAACUCAAUGUGCACUAAACCUUCUAUGAACCGUACAAGCAUAUCCCAAUUUCGCAUAGCUCUAUGUGCCGUCGCUAGGUUACGGGCGGCGUCUGUUUUGCACAUGCAAAAACAAAAAAAACAACAGCAAAUCAUUACGUCCAACGGGAUCAUUAUUGGCUAAGCUAAGAAGGCCGCGCCAGUCAAGGGGGGAGGGCGGCUCAAGCAACGAAUUGGACGGAACUAAUUUGUAAAACAAAAAACUAUCGAUAACUACAAAACACACUCCACUAUAUACAUAUAUUUAUCAACCACUAAUCGCUAACUACUAAGUGUUGUCCUGGUUUUUUGAUGAAACAGUAUUACGAAACUCGUGCAGAAGAAGGUGAAAGAUACAUACAUACGUCGUUGGAUAGACCGAUGGUUGUGGUAAUAUAGAGUGAUGAGCAGAAGCGAAAUAUGCAUCUCUGCAGAAAGCGUGGCGUGGGUUGAUGGGGAAAGAACGAAACAGAACGAGAACGUAAAAUACCCACAAUUUCCGCACACACGCUACAAAAAAUACAAACUGAGAUUCCCCAUAAAACACACACACACACAACUAAUAUGGCGCUUAUUAACUGGAAAUUCGAGUGAAAUUUAGCAUGUAAGAGAAUAUAUUUGUUAUCUUUUAAAAAGAAAAAUAACGUCUUAGUGUUAAGGUAGCAAAUACUCCGCACAGACACGAAACACACGCAUUUACACACACUGAAUACCACUGACGUGUGUGCAAUAUGUACAACUAGCCGUGUUUUAAUAGCUGUGCUUCGUACACCGAGGCAAUAAUUCGUACACACGGAAUGGGCAAUGUGUCCCGCUAUACUUAAUCCUUGCUACAAAUAAACAACAACAAAAAAAAAAAAACAAACAAAUAAACUAACAAAACAAAACAUUGAAUACACUAACUCAACCAGGUUGUGCAGAAAAGGGAAAGACACAUCGCGAACAUCGCAACAUGAGCGGAACCGGUGACGAACAGAGAAGAACGUUGCCAAUGAAAAUCACACUUUGCGUCCACUUCGUCGGGUCGGGCGUCUUGCGUCUUGGGGACUGCUUUUCUAUUGCGUCCGUUCUCUUCCCCUCCCUGAUAGGUAAGGAGGGGGGAAGGGGGAGAAUGGAGAGUGCAAUAGGUAUUUCACCCUCUCCCUGUUCUCCCUUUCCCCCUCCCACCGCCCCCAAAAUGCUAGUGCAGCAACAAAAUACAUAACAAAAAAAAAACAAAUAACAAAACCAUAUGAGUGAGCCCAUUAGAAGUAGAUGAGAUAAGUGAGUGAAAGAGGAUAGCUAAUUGUAUCGAUUUAUACGAAUGUAAUAAAAAAGAAUAAGAAAAAGAGGAAGAAACAAAGAAGGAAAACAAAACAAGGAAAAGCUAAAAGCGGGAACCGAUGUUGGUUGUGAAGUAUCAUUUGAGAGGUUUUAUUUUUCAUACAAACAAGAAAACGAAACGAAAGCAAACAAACGAACGACAAAACAUGAAAAUGCUAAAUGAACGAAAAGUGAGCGAAGAAGAGGAAACAUGAAAAACAAAACAAGAAAGAUAGUUUUUUUUAUAAACAAAGAGGUAUUAUUAUACAACAGCGAAAAAGAACAAGCAAACCGAAUUGCGGUAAAUGCAAAACAGACAGAAGGAAAGAGAAAGAAAGAGAAAGGGAGAGAUAGAGAAAGAAAGAAAGAGAGGGAAACAAAAAAACGUUAUAAUAGUAAAUAUAAAAGAAUAUGGGGAAGGGUAAUACACUACAAUAUGAGAGAUCGUUUCCGUUACUUUUUUUUGGUAUAACAUAGUAUAUUGGUUGAUAUGAGAAGUGGGACAAGAAAGCAAAACAAAACAUAAAACAUAAAACAUAAAACAAUGCGCAGUAUUUCCAACUGACAAGCGAAAAUAAUGGUUGUGGUCCUAACGCUCUAGAUAUGUGUGUAUAUAUAUAU